CGGCUGCGCACAGCGGCGCACAGCUGCUUCUGUCGCCGUCUCGUCCGCUUCUCACGGCGGGGAGAAGGAGCCGCGCUAAGCCGGUGGAGGUCGCUACCAGUUCGCUCGGAGGGGGGCAGGCCGCCAUGGAGCCAGCGGGCGCGUACGGGGCCGCCAAAGCCGGGAAGCUUGUCUUCGACCCGCUCGCCUUCUUCACGCAUCCGCGGACCAUCUUGAGGCUGCUGUCGUGGGUGUUCUCCAUGGUGGUGUUCAGCUGCAUCGUCAAUGAGGGUUACGUCAACAUCGGCAGCGAGCGUCUGCUGUGCGUCUUCAACAAGAACGCAGACGCCUGCAACUUCGGCGUGACGGUGGGCGUGGCCUGCUUCCUGGCCAGCGCCUUCUUCUUGCUCCUCGACGCCGUCUUUCCGUCCUUCAGCAGCCUGACGGACAGACGGCGCGCCGUACUGCUCGACCUCAUCUGCUCAGGUGUGGCCAGCUUCCUGUGGUUCGUGGGCUUCUGCUUCUUGGUCAAUCAGUGGCAGGCGACAUCAGCGGACGAGCUGCCUUUGUCGCAGGGCGCCGACGCCGCCCGAGCCGCCAUCGCCUUCUGCUUCUUCUCCAUCAUCACCUGGACGGUGCUGACGCUGAGCGCCCUGCGUCGUUUCAAGUCCGGCUCGCACGCCAACCUGUUCACGUGGCAGCACCUGGACGCCGCCCCCGGUCACGCCCGGGCCACGCCCUACCCGAUCGUCAACGGUGCCACCAUCGUGACCACCAAAGCCUACCAAGCCCCGCCCUUCACUGAGACCCUGGACCCGCAGAAGCUCACGCAGCAGCAGCACAGACCCGUAGCGCCCGCCUUCUAACGGCCCGUCACUAAGGCGAUUAUGUUGUUGCCAUGGCAACCCGCUUUAUUUGCUUUUGUGUGUUUGCGCACGCACACUUGCAGCCACACUAUGGUAGUAUCUCACACACACACGCACACACACAUGUACACUAGGGACGUGCGGUCAGGGGAGGCAGGAGAGGCUCUUCCUCACCUGUCAUUAUGACAAGUAAAAAAAAAAAACAUAAAUGAAUCUUAAUAUUUGUCCACUGAUCUUUUCAAACAUUUUUGUAGUCAAAAUCGCUGAAAUGGCAUAUUUUCUGUUCAAAUACAAAGGUGAAACGCUUUGUUUUGCUGAUGGCACAUAAAAGCGCAGUAAAAAGGCAAAGGUUGAGGCAGAUAGUACUCUGCCGCACCGAUAGGGGCGUACGUGAGCCAACGCUUGAUUAAUGCUGCCCCAGGUAGAGGUAGACGAGACAACGGACGUCACAACCAAAGCACAGCUCUUUGUUAUUUUACGCGAUGUAACGAAAAGUGAAGUGAAGGAGGCGUUUUGGGGGAUUUGAUGACGUCAGUGAUGAUAGACGAGCUCCAGCUGGAGUCUUGGGACUGUUGGCAUCAGAGCUUCAUGGGGUGCGGGCCAAAAUGAAAGAAAAGGACUUUUACAACAAAGUAACCAAACUUCUUGUGCCGAUGGAUAGGUGCAUGGACUUCAUCUACAAAUAAAGGUAAGACCACGAAGAGCGUGUGUGCGUAGAAUUCUGAUGAGAUACGAACUAAUCAGUAUUGAUUGAUUGACCCUUUUGGGUUUAUCUAUAUUUGUAAAUGCCUCACCGCACGUCACUGACGUACACACACACACACGAGCAUGUUCUUUUAGUGUAGAAGACACAUUAUAAAAGGACAUUUGUAGCGGAAGUUUUUCCUCGGCUCACUUUGUGAUUGACAAGCAGCAACAGAGGGGCGGGAUUUGAGGGACAUCGUGGCAAGGCAAUUUAAAAAUGGCAUUCCUGAAUGUUCCGCCCCAUGUGAAAUAUUUGUGAUUUUAAUAUUUUAUUGUGAUAUGCUCAAAUGUAUGUAUGAUAAAAAAA